GGUUGUAGUUGGUUCCGGUGAUGUGCCAUGGGCUACGACGUCACCCGGUUCCAGGGGGAAGUGGAUGAGGACCUGCUGUGCCCCAUCUGCAGUGGAGUCCUAGAGGAGCCCGUUCAGGCCCCUCACUGUGAGCACGCCUUCUGCAAUGCCUGCAUCACCCAGUGGUUCUCGCAGCAGCAGAUAUGCCCCGUGGACCGCAGCGUGGUGACGCUGGCCCACCUGCGUCCCGUGCCCCGCAUCAUGCGCAACAUGCUCUCCAAGCUGCAAAUCAACUGCGACAACGCCGGCUUUGGCUGCGUUGCCGUGCUGCGCCUGGACCAGCUGCAGUCUCACCUCAGAGACUGCCAGCACAACCCCAAGAGGCCCGUCCAGUGCGAGCAGGGCUGCGGUCUGGAGAUGCCUAAAGAUGAGGCGUCUAGCCAUAACUGCAUCAAACACCUGCGCAGCGUGGUGCAGCAACAGCAGGGCAAGAUCGCAGACCUGGAGAAGGCCUCUGCUGAACACAAGCACCAGCUAGCGGAGCAGAAACGGGACAUCCAGUUACUGAAGGCGUACAUGAGGGCCAUCCGCAGUGCCAACCCCAACCUGCAGAACCUGGAGGACACCAUUGAGUACAAUGAGAUCCUGGAGUGGGUGAACUCUCUCCAGCCGGCUCGCGUCACCCGCUGGGGCGGCAUGAUCUCAACGCCAGACGCUGUCCUCCAGGCGGUCAUCAAACGCUCGCUCAUCGACAGCGGCUGCCCGCCUUCCAUCGUCAACGACCUUAUCGAGAAUGCCCACGAGAGGAACUGGCCCGCCGGCCUGGCCACGCUGGAAACGCGGCAGAUGAACCGGCGCUACUAUGAGAAUUACGUGGCCAAGCGUAUCCCGGGGAAACAGGCGGUGGUGGUGAUGGCCUGUGAGAACCAGCAUAUGGGGGAGGACAUGAUCCUGGAGCCAGGCCUGGUCAUGAUCUUUGCCCAUGGGGUGGAGGAGAUACUAUGACCCGGCUGGGGUUGGUGGAGAGCAGAGAGGGGGAGACUGACUGACCUGAAUUGAACAAAGGAGAGGAGGGAGCAGCGGAUGCUAUGACACUUAUGUCUGCGUACUGAAUGGCACCCUAUUCCCCAUAGGCCCUGGUCAAAAGUAGUGCAACUAUAUAGGGAAUAGGGUGCCAUUUUGAAUGUAGCCUAUGACACAGCAAGUGCAGGGGAAGAUCCUAUGACAGAGCAGGUUUUAAGAAGAUGAUAUGACACCAAUAGAAGGCUUUAGAGGGUUAGGGGGGGAGAAAGAGUCUCCAACUAAGAGGGAAGAGGAAAUAGAAGUGUGAAGGGUAAACAUCCUGAAGGAGACACACUAAAUCAGGAUUACCCUGCUCUCUCUGCCUUAAACACAUUUUUUUAUUUAGAGAAAUUAAAAUUUAACAUUGAUUGAUUAGUCAUAGGAAGAAACAAACAAACAAGAUUGUAGCAUAAUCUGCCUUCUCCCCGCCCCCACUGCUGCUGACAAAAUAUCCCAUUGGUUGGCUAUAAUGAGAUGACUCAUCGGCCCCCUCUAUAGCUUCCAGUUAUAUAUGACUCAUAGAGAAUUAUGGAGGCCUCUAGUGGCCAAAAGGCCGUAUUAGCAUGGGCAGCACCAUUGAGGCCUUCCACCAUUUUAAUGUCUUCAACUGGGUGGGACUUCCAACAUCAUGGGCUGGUGAACCUGUUGGAGUCAUGUCCAAAAUGGACUACUUCAAAAUUGAGAUUGCCUCAAUGGCACUGCCCAUGCUGUCAGAUGCUAUAAUAAUGGCACAGAAACAAAAGGUCCUUUCUCUCUAUGGUGUGACUUCAUCAGAAACUCAUUUAUCAAUAAUAAAGCUAACAUAUAUGCAAUCUAAGCAUACUUCAUUGCAAAGUCCAAAAACAUUUUCUUUUUUUUUUAUUGAGACUAUCUGUUGGAUUUCAAGUCAACACAUUUCUUCAGAUUGUUCUUAAGAAAGCUCAGGACCCCUUUGAGACAGAUGUUUUCUUUAGCUCUCUGUAUCUAUUACCAUGGCAUUCUCUCUUUGGGCCAGAAAAGGUGGGUUAUUUCCUGCUCUGGAGAAGGAAUGCAUGCUGAGAUUGGUUAAGUGAAUCCUAUUGGAUGUGCUCUGCUGUAUGUGAGCCCUGGGAGGCACAUAGAAAUGGGGAACUGCUGAACAUAAACACAGAGCACGUGGAUCGCCAUUGUUUGCAAGGACGUUUGGACCAACUACAUUUCCCAUCAUUACUGCAUUAACUUCCUCUUUGUCAACAACAGACCUUGUUCCUCCUUGGGAUGCAGAGCUGAUCAAGAAUGUCACUCAAACGGUGGGAAAAUGAGUAGUGGAUGGACAGAGUCCUGGUGAAGGGUGUGGACCUGGAUUUUUUUUACAUUUUAAAAAUUGACGGACUUGAGUUUCAUGCCUUAUUUUUGUAAAGUUAUUGUGUAUUUGAUUUUCUGAGUUAUUGAGUGUCCUAUGUUGAACUUUUUCUUUUAUGAUGCUAUCUAUAUAGUUGGUGUGAAGUGGGUCCAAUUUGUAUGAAAACAAAGCAUUUUAUCCACCGCAAUUAUGUAAAAAUUUACAUCACCCAAAAGACUUUGGUUUUUGUGAAAUUAUUUUAAUUUGGUUUACCUUGUCAAAAAGCAUAAACCUAACACCACUGUAUGUCAUGUAGCUUAUUCUAAUAUUUUGUGUCCAGUCAUACAUUAAGUACUUCUCUGUGGCGUUGGUGAUUUGUAAUGUUGUUCCCGGAUGAGGUUAGGUGAUUUGUCACCCUGAAUACAUCACCACAGUGAGCAAAGAUGUUACUGCUACUUUUUUCCCUAACAGUUUAGACUAUUCUGGCUUAAAUCAUUCAAGUAGUGAUAGUCUACUGGCAUGCUUUCAUUUCAGCAUUUUUAUUGAUUAUUGUAUAACUCACUUGUUCGUUUGCGAACAAAACUAUUGAUUUGUGUUACUUCCAACCACCAACUAAUGAACACAAGUUCACACACACAUUUUACCUCAGCUUAUUCUGGAAAUGAAUUUAAUUCAUUUUCUGGGGGUGACUGAAUAAAAAUUGACACACACACACACACUCAGAGGAAGUAGUUGAAGCUUAACCAAGGUCUAGACUCCUCCUGAGAGCUGCUACAAAGCUGGAACAUAGCCUUAAUCCACUUCCUCACUCUGCAUGGCUGGCUCUCUUUGCUCUGUCAGUUAGGUGCCUUGAUAUGAUACAUGUAUGGAAUUAAAACUCCGGUCCUGAAGGGCUGUGUGUCGAGCCAAGUAUACAUCUCAAGCUGGUUUUUUUAAAGUUUUUUUUUUAUAUUUCCUUUAAUGGUAUUGUACUCUUACUUCUUUUGGAUACCCAAAUCAAAGGCUUGUAAAGUGAUUUGAAGUAAUGGGGUUAGUGAGAUGAGAUCGCUAAGUAGCUUGUCGAGCAUAGGUACACACAAACAUCCCUCCAAGACUUGCGUUUCAGAUCCUUGCUAUUAUUCUUUGUAGUGUUAUGUGGCUUUGUCACCUGUGCAGAUUCAGUUAGAAUCAAUGGUAUGAAUAGAGGGCUUUGUUGUAUUUUCCUAGAUGGAUGAACUACAAUACGGUCAACAAAAAGGAGAUGGACAAAGUGUUGAUAACUUCUGAAUAAUUAAUGAAGGAUUAAUGGCUAGAACCUCCACUUUACUAUUCAGAAAUCUAGAGAGCAAUGAGAGACUGGGAAAAUAUAUAUUUUGAUGUUAAAUACUGCAAUCUAGGGUGUAUUUACUAGGAACCAAAUGCAAGCAAACGGGUCAAAACGAGGACGGCUUGACCUGAACUUGUCCAAUAAGAAAGGGCUGGUUUUAGUUAUGUUUUCCGUUGCGAAACGUUUUGCUACAUGCCCUUAGGAAUACACCCCUGUAGUCAAGAACUGACUGGGGUGUAUUCAUUAUGUCUUGCAAUGGAAAUGUUUACCGUUUGAUGCAAACAGGGAGAGCCCUACCUGAAUUUGUCCAAUAUAAACUAGUUUUCAUUGCAAAACAUCUUCCGUUUGCAGUGAACGGGAUCGCAACAGAAUCUGUGUAAUGAAUACAUCUGUCUGCCUUUUUCACUUAUUCAUAUGCAGUAGUCUUGUGAAUGUUGUGUGUGUUACUGUGAUGAUGAUGAUGAUUAAUAAUACCACAGAACUGGGGAAGAAUUACACAUUUAUUGUAAAUUUAAGAUUUAUUGUAAAUAGCUCGCUAUCAUAUCAAUAUACAUAUACUGAGGCACUUCGAUUUCUGUAUCUAUCCAUAUAAAUUUUGAUUUUGUGAGAUUUGUGGUUUCAUUAAAAGCUGAUAAGAAUU